ACCGCAUCGCGGGUACGAUAACAUCAAAAGCGCAAUUUUAAUGAAAACUGAACGAAAUCGAGAUGUUCUUUCCGCCCAAUGACAUCCGUUAACGUUAAUUGUAUUGAAAAAGUUACGAAUAAAAUAACUAAUUAUAUCAUUUACUUAUAAAUUUGACUGAAACGUCGAAAUAUGAACACGAAUAUACAAUAUACGAAUGCAACUUUGUACUUUGUAGGUCACUCGGUCCGAGUAAAGGGAUCAUGUAGUCGCCCUACUAAACGCAUAAUGUUGUAGUUGUGAUAUCACACAGACACAUUUUGUUUAGUGUUAUUUAUUUAUUGUAUCGUUUCUAAGAAGAAAAUCUCAUUUUUGUGUUUCAGUUUAAUCAAUGAACCGCGGCGCAGCACGUCCACGUGGUUUGGGUGGGGGAAACACUCAGAGCCUUGGAGAAGUUUCGCGAAGUUUCGUCACGACUUCAAAUAGUGCGGCAGCUCCGCCAGCCAGAUCAGAGACGAACACAGACGGCGCAGGACCUCUGGGAGAAGGGACUACUGGAAAGCUUUUUUAGCGAUUUAUUUCAGUUUUAGGUGAACCGAGCUCUACGCGACGAACGCAAGGACUAUACAUUCUCGUGUUGUUGUUUUAAAUUGAGGCAUUUGUGCUAAAACAAUCGAGUCUAAAUGGGGAAAAUGGGAAAGGAUUAUUACAGCGUUUUGGGGAUUCAGAAGGGUGCGUCCGAGGACGAGAUCAAGAAAGCGUAUCGCAAACAGGCGCUCAAAUACCAUCCGGAUAAAAACAAGUCGCCCGGCGCCGAGGAAAAGUUCAAGGAGAUCGCGGAGGCGUACGACGUGUUGAGUGACCCGAAAAAGAAGGACGUCUAUGACAAAUAUGGCGAAGAAGGACUCAAGGGAGGCAUUCCAGGAGGUGGAGGUGGCGGCGGGGGUGUUGGAGGAGGAAAUUUCAACUACACAUUCCAAGGCGAUCCUCACGAAAUUUUCGCAGAAUUUUUCGGAGGGCGAAACCCUUACCAGCAGUUCUUCGGUGGCAAUGGUGGCAUGGAUGAGGAAAUGGACACAGACGACCCUUUCGCUAGUUUCGGGAUGGGUGGCAUGGGUGGUUUUCCUCGGUCCUUUAACAAGCGUGGCCACGGCGGGAGGAUGGAGAAAAGGCAGGACCCUCCCGUGAUCCACGAUCUGAGGGUCAGUCUUGAGGAGGUCUUCAAUGGGUGCACAAAGAAGAUGAAGAUCUCACGCAAGCGCCUGAACCCGGACGGAAGGACGACUCGCACCGAGGAGAAGGUUCUCACGGUCGAAGUCAAGAAAGGCUGGAAGGAAGGAACCAAGGUUACUUUCCCGAAAGAAGGUGAUGAGACGCCAACAAAUAUACCUGCAGAUGUUAUUUUUGUGGUGAAGGAUAAACCACAUCCAGUGUACAGACGAGAUGGAUCAGACAUCAUUUAUCCCAAAAAAAUUACACUUAAACAGGCUCUGUGUGGCUGCACUGUUGAAGUUCAAACGUUUGAUGGUCGCAAGGUCCCCAUAACACCUAAGGACAUUGUUUUUCCUGGGAUGAAACAGCGUGUCACUGGGGAGGGUCUUCCCCUUCCAAAAUCCCCUGCUCGCCGUGGAGAUUUGAUUGUGGAAUAUGAGAUUAAGUUCCCUGAAAGGCUGAGUCAGAGUGCCAAGGACACUAUCACAGCAGUGUUGCCAGAGUCCUGAGCUCCGUGUACAACAAUACCACUUGAAAUUCUUUUUGUUGCUAUUCUGAGCCCUGAGCUGCUGACAUGAUUAUUUUGUUACAUACUGCCAACGAGAAACUAUCUGAACAAUACAGCCGGAUGAGGGUGGAUAUUUUUCUCUAUGUGUGUAAUGAACAUUUUGAACCUAUGUUUCUUAUGUGUCUGGACUGACAGGAAGUCUGGUCUUUGCAUUCCUUCUGUGGGCUGGUGUUUUUUGAACACUAUUCAACUGAGUUUACAGAGCAACUUUUCUUUGUUAUUUUUACUGAUUUUACUUUAAAGAAAGUUCCAAUGGAACAGUUUGGUUUCAUUUAAAGUGGUUUAUAAAUACUGAAUAGUGGUCACUGAUCGAUAGUGUUUGUUUAUUUUAAGUGGCGCUGGGUGCAUGUACUGCUUGGAUUCUUCUUGAUCUGAGUCUCUCUUGAUUCACAUGUGAAUCAGCACCUCGUUCAGACGCCGUGCGCACAGAGUCUCAAAAGCAGGAGGUCAUUUGCACUAGUGAGAAUGAGAUCUUUUUAAAUAAAAUAUUGCAACUAUUAAUACCAUGCUUCGUUUUGUUUGAAAGAGUUAAAUGGCUGUUGUGUGGUAUAUGUAGAUUAUUUCUUUAAAGUUUCUAAGAGUCUAUUAAUAUUGAAAAGCCUGAUAAGAUAUCAUUUUUGAACAGUUUGCAGGAUAUUUAAGCUGUUGCAGAUUUAACAAUGUUUAGGGAGUCUUGUUUGUAUUUAACCAGUGUAUUAUUUUGUUCAGAAAGCAACAUUUAUUUCUUACGGCCACUAGAUGGUAGUAAGGUUUAAUAAAUAAAACAUAUAAACCCAUUCACACUCAA